AUGAUGAUGCCACCUUACAUAUGUGGAGGACAGUGGUACCGGAGCUCGCUGUGUCACAUGUUAGUAGACCCUUCCCGGAUUGCCCUGUCUGUUCGAUUGACGGCUAUUCAGGAACUACUGAUGCACGGCUUACUCGCCAUUUCAGCAUUGCAUUAUGCUCAUACGCAUCCUGAUGAGCGCAAGUCGUAUAUAUUGGUAUCAAAUUACCAUCAGGAUCGGGCUUUGGAUUUCUUCUCGACCAUGCUAACGGAUAUAAAUGACCAUACCUGUGAGGCUUUUUUCAUAUUGGCCAUUUUUGUAUUCUUACUUGCGGCUUGGUCUGUCGCGAACCCUCAGGAUCAGGUAGAACCCCAUGGCCUAGGGGCUAUCACGCAAUCAUUUGCCCUGAUACAAGGAAUUAAAGACAUCAUUGAGUAUCCGACAGGGAAGAAAUGGAGCGAAGGUCCCUUGUCACCAUUGUUUGAACAGUGGGAAACGCCACACAUCGAUCCCUCUCUGCCAUUCGCAAAGCGACUCGACAAGCUUUCCACUCUUGUCCAAACAAUCAGUGACGAAAGCCACCACUUGUGUCGGGCGGGACUCGAGUCACUAAGAAAAGCAUAUGCUUUGCACCUCAGUACACAUAGCGGGCGGCAUCGCAUGUGGAUGUGGCCGGUCGAACUAGGAAAACAGCGAUUCGACUUCACUAACUGUCAACAUCCGAUAGCAUUAGUGAUCUUGGCUCACUGUGCUGCUUUGGUGAAUUGCUCCGAGGGUCCUUCCUGGUUAUGGGAUGGAUGGGGCAAGAGCGUUGUGCAUAUAGCUAAGCGAGAACUAAGUCAAGAGUGGCAAGAAUGGCUCCAGUGGCCGUUACGAUGCAUCCAUGAUAACUUGGACGUGGACGCAUGUUAG